CGUUAACUUCCCUCCAAAUCUUUUGUAUUCUCUUAGAAUCCAAGCAAACCCUUAAUCGCCUUAUUCUUGGUCCGCUUCUUCUUCUUCUUCUUCUUCACUUCCAAUCACCGAAAUUCUUCGUCACUUUUUCUUCAGUAUCUUGCUGCUGAAAAGUUUCAUCCUUCUUUUUCUUCUUCAAAUUCCAUCUCAAAAGCUUUCUGUACAGAUUGUUGCUUUUGAAAGUCUCUUACUUUUGUCUCUCUGAAGUAUCCCUUCUUCUUCUUAUUCAUAUUCUUGGUCUCUAUCCCUGAAAACCCACCAGAAAUCUUCACCUGAAGUUCUCUGUUUAGUUUGUUUCUACUAAAAGUUUCAUCUUUUUCAAAGUUUCCUGAGGUUUCAACCUGUUUCAGACUCCAGACUUCAGAAAAGUUCUUCACUUGAGCCAACUAUCCUGCUCUGAGGAUUUAAGAGCUUCAAGUUCAAUUAUUUCUAGAGAUUCUCAGUCUCAGAGCUCUGUAUCUACAACCAGCAAACUUGGUUCUACAUAUAUGUCUUUUUGUCUAUUUUAAAUUACUUCAUGAAACUUUCAGGAGGUAUCUUCUCGGCAAUUUUUUAUUCCCACCUUCAGUAUCAAGAAUCAUAGCACACUCCGUCCUUAACAGAACCAUUUGGACUCUUUCUGAACCCACGAAAUACAUAACCUAGGAAUUCUCGACCUAUUUUGCAAAAUGAAUUCUUCGGAAGCAGAGGAACAAACGGUGAGUGUCAGAAACAGGUCAGUUUCUGAUUCCUUCAUGAUUGGGAUGGUAAUGAGGAUUUACAGAGCCAGAUGGUUUGUGUUCUUGCGGAGGGUCUUCCAGUACCAAAACGGGUCGAGAUCGGAUAUCGGGUCCAACCCGUUUAACUCGGCCACGUGGAUGACAAUGGAGCUGGUGGCUCUGAUGGUGCAGAUAACGGCUUCGACGGCGACGUUGGCGAUUUCGCAGGAGGAGAAACCAGUUUGGCCGAUGAGAUUCUGGAUUUUGGGGUAUGAAAUUGGGUGUGUUCUUAGUUUGUUGCUGCUUUAUGGGCGAUAUCGUCUUCUUCAUUUGGAUCAAUCACUCGUUCUUAGCCUCUCUGAUUUGGAACAGCAGAGAGGAAGUGAACAGGAUGAGACCAGGGCAUGUGCAUUGAUGAACAAGUGUAGGAGUUCAUUGGAACUGAUGUUUGGAAUAUGGUUUGUGAUGGGAAAUGUGUGGGUGUUUGGGUGUGGCUAUGGAUCAAUCCACAGAGCUCCAAAGCUGCACGUACUCUGCAUCUCUCUUCUUGCUUGGAAUGCCAUCUCCUACUCCUUCCCUUUCAUGCUCUUUCUUCUGCUCUGCUGCUUCCUGCCUCUCCUCUGCUCUCUCCUUGGCCACUCCCCUGCUUCCCCUGUUUCCCCUGCUUCUGAUCAGCUGAUCUCUCUGCUUCCUUCUCGGCCCUAUGCUCCUCUCCCUCCUUCCCCUGAUUCUCAUGAUCACUCUCAAGAACACGAUGAAUGCUGCAUUUGCUUGGCCAAAUACAAAGAGAAAGAACAAGUUAGAGAGCUUCCUUGUAACCACAUCUUCCACCAAAAGUGCGUGGACCAGUGGCUCAGAAUCAUAUCCUGUUGUCCUCUUUGCAAGCAAGGAAUAGGGACGUAGAAGAAUCACACCCAAUUCAACAUCAUCAUACUCAUGCCCAUCCAAUAUUCCACACAUAAUUGUUAUUGCCCUCAAAAGGUUUCUUUCUUUCUGUUUUUAGUUCUCUUAAGUCUAAUAUAAUACUCUACAGUGGUUGCUUGAGUGAGUUUGAGCCUAUGUAUAAAACAUCUCACCAGCAUCCUGAGCGACAUGUGCUUUAAUUUUCUAGUUAAGGUUUUAGUUUCCUUUUAUUUACCUCAUAUUUAGCAUUUCUCUACCCAAAUAAUGAAGCCAGCAAAAAAAAUUACUCUUU